AAGUAUAGUUGGCUUCUAGUUUUCUAUUGAUGCCACUGAAGCUGUGGAGUCCUGUGGAGUUUAAUGCACAGAGGUACCAAAUAAGUAGCUAUACCCAACACUUGUCUUCUAUGCAGCAAGCAAGGUAGCUUGCAAAGCAAAAGCCAACAGACUUCCUGACUGGCAGUCAUGUCGGUCAAGCUCACGUUCGUCUCUCCUGGUGACGGCGGUGGUAUCAGCAGGAGUUGUUCCUUCACGGGAUUCAGCACUAUGCAGAGCAGAAAAUUAGCAAAGUCUCUCAGCAGAAGUUCGGUGAGAUCAAGAAUGUCCCUGAGAUCCCCCAAGGUUUAUUCUUCUCUGCAGAAGGGGGAAGUCAUCUGGGAUCCAAAACCACUUCAGGUGAAGAAAAUUUUUGAAGCUUUGAAGAAAGGACUUAAUGAAUACUUGGAAGCACAUCAGGCUGAGUUGGAUUAUCUCUCUGGUCGUCACAAAGAUACGAAGAGGAAUUCCAGAUUGGCCUUCUAUUAUGACCUGGAUAAGCAAAUUCGCUCUGUGGAGAGAUACAUCAGAAAACUGGAGUUUCACAUAAGCAAGGUAGAAGAGCUGUAUGAAGCUUACUGUAUCCAGUGCAGGCUACGAGAUGGGGCUGCUAAUAUGAAGCAAGCCUUUUCCUUGUCUCCUUCCACCAAAGCCUCCAGAGAGAGCCUAGUGGAGCUUUACAAGAACUUUCAAGGGUGCACAGAGGAUAUGUGCUUUAUAGAAGGGGCACUGGAGGUCCAUUUGGGAGAGUUUCACUUGAAGAUGAAAGGCCUGGUCGGCUUUGCACGUCUCUGCCCAGGAGACCAGUAUGAGGUGUUCGUGCGCCUGGGACGCCAAAAAUGGAGGCUAAAAGGCAAGAUUGAGACAGAUGACAGUCAAACAUGGGAUGAAGAAGAAAAGAUUUUUAUACCCAAUCUGCAUGAGAAGUUUGAAAUCAAGGUGACAGAACUGCGAGGACUGGCCACUAUUCUGGUUGGUGUGGUGACAUGCGACAGCAUAAACUUCUUCACAACAAAGCCUCAGGCAAUCAUUGUGGAUAUAACUGAGCUGGGCACCAUCAAGCUACAACUGGAGGUCCUCUGGAACCCCUUUGACACAGACAACCUGUUUUUGUCACCUGGAACCACUGCCAAGUUUUCUGUGGGCAGCAGGAAAAGCUCUUUAUACAACUGGACCCCACCAAAUACUCCCAGCUUCAGAGAGAAAUAUUACCUGUCUGUUUUGCAGCAGCGCCAGAAUGAAGGAGAGGUGAAAGAGGCAGCUCAGCCCCCCAGCAUCCUGAGCUACCUGGCUGCCUGUGACUUCGGCGUGCACCCACGGAGCAAAGCUCCCAGCGCUGCCGCGACGAGCGAGGCGGGCUCGCUCAGCUCCGAGGAUCAGAGGGGGACAGAAUCCAGGGACACGACUCCGGCCCUGGGCCACAGGACGUUGCCACUGGUAAUUAUCCAGGAGACUAGUGCAGAAGAACGACAGCAUCCCCUUCCAAAUCACGCAACUCUAGAUAUACUGAAGAAAACUCCCUGUGUGGAUGGGUUUCCAAAUACCCCUUCUGGCUUUGUGAUUCGUGGCAAAGGCAGUAGAGAUUCUAUCAACCAGACCAGAAAUCACCGUUUGACAGAGCAAGAAAACAUCAGCCAGAGAAGCUUGAAUGCUGAAAAUGACCUAAAAUUAGAUGGAUGUGCAAAGUCAAUCAAUAAGACUCUCCAGGAAGUAUUAAAUUUGCUGAAAUUCUGGGAUAUGAGACAAGCUCAACUGGAGAAAUUGGAACACCAGGUCCUGUGUGUGAGGGAUAAACUAAAGCUAAAGACACUUCCGCGCAAACAUUCAUCUAUGGAAAGUUUAAUGGUGGAGACAGUGCUGGAAAGUUUUGACUUCUUGAAUACUGACUGCAGCGCAGAUGAACUUUCAUUAUUUGGAAGCGUAAGAACAGCCAGUGUCAGCACGUACAAUGACAACACGUUGCACUCCCUGAGCAGUGACAUUAAGACAGAAGCAAGAGAUGUUACUACUGGUGAUGACAGCUUAGACACACUCCUGAUAACUCAUCUGAAGCUGUGCAAAUCCCUGCUGCAGAAGCUGAGGUCACCUAGCGUAGCCCAGAUUGUCCAGGAGAGGCUUUUGGAAGAAGUGUCACAGCAGACACAAGUCCUGGGGGAGGUCUCGGAGGGCUCCGUUGAAGAGAUUAUUCAGAAGACUAAAAAGAAAAAGCAUUUUCUGAAAAUCUGGAGUGACAUUGCAGAGCCUGGCAGCGUCCUGUUUGCUUCAGCAGAGAGGUUCCGUCGUGCCUUGAAGUACUUGCUGACGCUCAAAGUGAAGGAAAGAUACCCCGGGCAAUUAGAAGCAGUGUUGCAGAGUUUGCUGGAGCAGAUUGUCACCUGUGAUGGGUUGCUCCCCACUCCGUACCUCCAAGCAGAACCUGUUACUUUAUUCCAAUUUUGUAGCUACCUGGAGAAGCUCCACAUUACCAGCCUGGAGAAACACUUAGGAAAACUUGCUAAAGAAGUGAUGCUGAUCGAGGAGCUCCAGUGCCCCGGGCGGCUGAAGACUCUGAAGAAGCUCAAGGGGAAGCGGCUGAACAAGCUCCAGCCUCUCCCGCGGACCCUGCGGCUCCUCGGGAUGCUCCAGCUGGACGACAACCACCGCGUGAGCAAAGCGGCCACGUCCUGCCUCUCCCGGCUGGCAGCAAACAGCAGCUUGAGGGAAAAGGCUCUGCUUUUUUACACUGGUGUUUUAGCUGACUGUGAUACAAGACUUCAGCAAGCUGCGUGUUUGGCCCUCAAAAUCCUCAGAGGCAUAGAAAGCAUUGAGGAGGUUGCCCAUCUGUGCCAAUCUGAAGCGGAGGAAGUUCGAAAUGCAGCCAGGGAAGCAACACUAUCAUUUGAGCAAGGGAAGUGCCUGUGA